AUGCUGCCCAAAUGAUCCUAACCAUCAGAUCAGUCUGAUAUUGAGGUUGUUGUCUAUACCAAAAAGUGCCACUUAAUUUGAAAGAUCCUGAUUCUGAUACAUGCAUCACAUGUGUAGGGUGCAUGGAUCACCACCAUUUUGAGACUGCUAGUGAACUACCACCAUUGGUGUCAUUUCAAAUUAGAUAUUUGCUCCUUUUACUUUCUAACCAGAACUUUUGACUGAUUGUGUGUGUGUAUAUGCAGGCUAGAGCAAGAAUAUCUUCUACGGUGAAAGCUAUAGUUGAAGAGAGAAGAUCAAAGGGAGAGGACUCUGCUGGUAAUAAGAAAAGUGAUUUCCUUGAAAUACUCCUAUCAGCAAAUAGCCUGUCCGAGGAUGAAAGGGUGAGCUUUGUACUGGAUUCUUUGUUGGGUGGGUGUGAAACCACCUCCCUCCUCAUGGCAUUGGCAGUUCUCUUCUUGGGUCAAUCACCAGCUGCUCUGCAAGAACUGAGGUCAGAGCAUGAAAGUAUAAGAAAUGUGAAAGGAAAAGAAGAGUACCUGAACUGGGAUGACUACAAGAAAAUGGAGUUUACUCAACAUGUCAUUAAUGAAGCUCUCAGAUGUGGGAACAUGGUCAAGUUUGUGCACCGAAAGGCCCUCAAGGAUGUCAAUUGUAGCAAGUACCUUGUCAGCGAUAGAGAAGAAUGGUUGCCUUAA